AGCUAUGAUCCAUAAUUUUUAUAAUUUAGUUUUUAAUUUUUACGCAUAAAUAAAAUUUAAAACACGGCAUAAGUUUACAAAAUAUAUUGGUGCCUUUGUAUAUAAUUCAUUAAAUAUUUUUUCAAGUUUUGAAGCUUCUGUGUGCUGAAAAAAGUAAUUAAAAGGGAAUACUAUUAAUCUUAUGACACUAUGUGGAUUUUGAAAAUAAAUUCAUUUUUAUAGCAUCACAGUGGCGGGUUGUGAGCACGGAGCCAGCGGCGCUGCCUCUGGGGGCGGGCGGCCGGGCGACACAAUACGUCGUGUCAAGGUGAAGAUGUCAUCAGUUUCUGCUCAAGGUGUGGUGGAGCGCGCUUCUGCUGAACUCUCGCGUCGAAUCACCGGCCUCGGACUCCGUGGCAGAAAACGUUCACCUGGUGUAGUGGAACGGGUUGCUAAUGCACUAUGUGGUCCGGCCACAUCUGCUCCGAGAAUACCCCGUCGGAGAAGACCCUCACCAAGACCACUAGUCUGGAGUCAGUUUAUAUUAGAUGAAAAAUUUCUUGAAAAGUUUCUUCUUUAUUUCAAUUCAAAUGAUAGAAGAACACUUGCUCAAGUAUGUACAAAGUGGAGGGAUAUUCUAUACUCAUCUACCCGCUGGUGGAUGGGUCUUGUUGCCAUAGUGGAUUUCCGUGAGAUUAGAUCUGAAUCUGAAUGUUGCAUGCAAAGAUUUUAUAACUCUGUGGUGAGGAGGGGUGUUCGUGGAAUGGCUUUGGUGGGGGCAUCAGAUGAGGACAUUAAUGAGUUUAUUCGAGUAUUUCCAUUGUCAGCUAACCAUGUUAAUGCUUUAAGUUUAAAGGGUUGUACAGUAACAGACAGAGGUUUAGAGUGUAUUCUGGAUCAUUUAGAGGUUCUAUUUGAGCUAGAGUUAACAGGCUGUAAUGAAAUAACAGAGGCUGGUAUAUGGGCUUGUUUAACCCCAAGAAUUGUAUCACUCACACUAACUGACUGUAUUAACAUUGCAGAUGAAGCUGUUGGUGCUGUGGCUCAGCUCUUACCAUCAUUGUAUGAGUUCUCUCUUCAAGCCUACCAUGUGACAGAUGCAGCUUUGGGUUAUUUCUCUCAAAAGCAGAGUGCUUCGCUCAGUAUAUUAAGGCUUCACAGUUGUUGGGAGCUUACAAAUCAUGGGGUUGUGAACAUAGUUCACUCAUUGCCGAACCUUACGGUGCUGUCACUAAGUGGGUGCAGUAAAGUAACAGACGAAGGAGUGGAGUUGGUCGCAGAGAAUCUUCCACGUCUAAGAAGUCUCGACCUUAGCUGGUGUCCGCGAGUAACAGAUAGCGCGCUGGAGUAUAUCGCUUGUGAUCUCAACCAACUGGAAGAAUUGACACUUGACAGAUGCGUGCAUAUAACCGACAUAGGUGUGGGUUACAUCAGCACGAUGCAAUCUCUGGUAGCAUUGUAUCUCCGUUGGUGCUCUCAACUCCGAGAUUUUGGCGUACAACAUCUAUGUGCUAUGCGCGCUUUGCAACUGCUCUCGCUGGCCGGGUGCCCAUUGCUAACGUCAGGCGGUUUGUCCAGUCUGAUACAGCUCCGUCAAUUACGAGAACUUGAACUGACGAAUUGUCCGGGGGCUUCGCCAGAACUGUUCGAUUACCUGCGGGAACACCUGCCCAGAUGUGUGAUCAUAGAGUAAUAUGCGUAGGUAUCACUUCAGGGGUUCAUGUGGCUUGUAUAGCAACUAAGAAAGUGUUAUCGUAAGAAUUUGAAUUCUGUGACGUUUUUCAACAUUUAUGACAUUCUAUAAUAGUUGAAUAUUCUGUGCAUUUAAAAUUGUACUUUAUUGGUAUAGAAAAAACAUUCCAUUUUCACAACCAUAGACUUCACUUGUCACAGAGUUCAAACUAUAUGUUACAGAUAAAAGUUGUAAAGAAGUUCCGAUGAAUCUGUUACUAAUACUUGAUAUGGUUACAAAUAAGCCCUUUAUGUUGCCAUAUGCACUAUUAUCAUUAACAAUCAUUAAAUCAUAAUAUGUAUAAGGUAUGAUAAAACGCCUUGUUCUAAAAAUAUAAAAAUCAUAUAUUUUUUAUUUGAAUUGCAAAUUAAAUGGUCAUAGUGCAUGUGCCUCCAAAAAGUAAAAUUUAUAUUCAAUAUAAAACAGAUAUACAGUAUUUGCUAAUAGUCAAUUUUUAAAGUUGCAUUAUGCGUUAUUCGAUUAAGACUAAUAUCUGAAUCUCAAAAUGACUAUUUUCGAUAUAUUUUUUAGCUUCACAUUCCACUACGCUAUUUGUGUGGUGCUGAGAGCUAAUUUAAGUUUGACCAAUUAUACGCUUUUCACGAGACUUGGAUUUAUUGCAUGCAUAAGUCGUUCGUUCUCAAUGUAAUGUACAGAAGUAGUGUUAUUAUAGUAUAGCUCAAAUUUCCGAAUAUUAUUUAUAAAUAUAUUUACGGCGAUUCACGUUUUUACAAAGCAGCGAACUGUCAGUUAUCUUUUUGAGGUUCUUGAAUUCUAAAUAUGUUUGUGCGCUUGUAGCGUUUUAGGGAGUAUUCAAGUAUGACGUCACGCUUUUUUUUAGGAGAUUCUUGACCCCCCCCCAUGUAACGCGCCGUGACGUUUUUCUUUACGCGAUAGUAAACCGUUUCGUAACCGCCCAGUGACUCAUUAAACCUAUAAGUUGUCAUUUAUGUGGUGUAAAGUAUCGGAAAGUCAAAAAUAAUAUUAACAAUAUCGCAUAAUUCACCAAUACCCUAAAAAUUCCUUACGUACUUGAACGCUCCCUUAGGGAAACGCUCUCGAAGGGUUGACUGACAAGAGAAGGUGAAUAAAUGCGUAAACAUUAGAUCAAUGACAGUGCUAUUUGAUUAUUAAUAUAUAGAAUCGCCUUAUUGACCUUUAUGAUGUAUAUUAACUUAGUCUCUUAAUUAAACUAUGAAUGAAUGUUUUUUUAGCAUAAAUCUAUAGAUUUUGCACCGCAAUAACCCACCUAAUUCUAUUUGCUCAAGUUCCUCCUAAUUUAAAAAAAAUAUUUGUAUGUGGAUACAUUAACGAGUUUGUUUAGGAGUUAUGUACAUGAACUAAUUCAUUGACAGCUUGUUAAAUUUAUCAAGGCAAAUUACGUACGUAAAGAUCUCAUUUCAGUAUGAGUGUCAAAGUAUUAAACGCUGACGUAAAAAUGUCUCGAAAAUUUGUAUGAAAAUCCUUACAGGCGGCAAAAUUGACAGUUUCCAUACAAAUGUGUGACGAAGAGGUUUUGUAUGGUAGCGUUUUAAACUUUAUCAAACUCAUUGUAACGCUACUGUUGUGCUACUGUUGGCUAUGUGUUAAUGACUGCGUAGAAUAUUUAUGCGAUAUUUUAUUUUUUAAAUUAUUGAAUAACUAAAUAAGUUGGAUUUAGAUAAUUGAUUCACACAUUGUUUCAUUGAUGUCUUUAUAAAUAUUGCCGAAGUAUAAGACUAAAUAAAUUAUUAAUAUAAAUCUAAUUAACAGGAUCCAAUAUUAUAGUUGUUAAUAACAAACAAUAUAACCAUUCGGUCAACAAUAUUGAACUAUAACGUCUGUAUUAUUUCGAUAGCUAUUUCUAGUUUAAGUCUAGUCAGAAAAUUAUUUUUAGGUAUCUAACAUAUGUGGUUCUUAAGUUAAUGUGUGACUGCUAUGCAUAAUCUACGCUAAAUAGAACUAUACUAAACAAGGGUUUUAGGAGUUUUACAGCGUAAGACAUUUUUGCUAACUAUACACGUUUUUGCCUGUGUGCGUUAGUUUCACACAUAUGGGACUUGACAUAAAAUCACUAUUCGAUAGGUGGGAAUGACAUUAGAUAAUACUUAGUCACGUGACCUUUUUGAACUAACUGAUUUUGUGUCAAGCCCAUGGAACCAAUAUGUUAUAUCUCGCUCUCUAUAUUAAAUCUUUCUCUCUCUUCAAUAAUUGGUAUAUUUUGACUACUAACUGGUACAUACCCAAUCCGUAAUCGUUCUUAGUUUUUUUUUAUUUAUUAAAACUCUUUAAUAUUCUAUAACAUGCUCUUUUGAAAACUAGGAGAAAUAUGGCGGUAUUUCGAUCAAAGAAUUCGGGAAAAAAUUUCAUAACUUUGUUUAAAAUUCUAAACAAAUCUGUAAAAAUAUAGAUCUGAAUCUCAGCUUAAAUAAUGGCAGAUAAUUAACUUAUGGGGUUUUGCGCUUAAAAAUAAAAUUACUGGAAUGUACAAUAAUAAAAACACCUUAAAUAUUGCGUGUCUAAUUAGUUGCACAAUUCAGUACACAACAACAUAAUAUUAUAUGUGCGUCGUACAGGGAAUUAAUAAAUAAGUUUGGAAACGCCUUUAUUUGAAUGAAAUAGGAGUGAAACGCUCACUUCACACAUACGCAAGCUCUAACGCCCAAACCCAAUAAACUACCUCAAUCCAUUUUAACCACCUCAGAUAGACAUCUUAAUCCCAAUAUUUAAGGUAUUAUGUGUGUCAAUAAACAAUCGACCGAUUGUACUAGCCAUCUAUCGA